ACGAACACCUUAUUCAGACAUGUUGGUUGGUCCGCAUUCAAUAUUCUAAUAAGUGGCUGUUUUCUGAAAACAAAAUGUCAGCGCCCUUGUGCUAUUUUCGGUCUUGUUUAAAUUUUCGCAUGUUCUGUCUUUCUGCUCCCAAAUCUAACUCCCGUCUGCAAAUCCAGCAGCGAUUCAUGAUGACAGACGACAGGGAGAGUCUAGAACAUUUACAAAGGACACACACGUCAUCUAUAGCUUUUCGUCAAACGCCCGGGAAAGAUCCGGGCGUCGUGUUUUUACCGGGAUACAUGAGCAACAUGACCGGCGGAAAAGCCGUGGCACUGGAGGGCUACUGCAGGCGGCGUGGGCAUGCCUUUGUUCGCUUUGACUACCAAGGCUUAGGUGAGUCUAUUGGGGAGAUGAGGAAAGGAGAAAAGAUGUUUGACGUAUGGAAGUCAGAUGCUCUUGCUGUUCUGGAUGAACUAACUGUAGGGCCUCAGAUUCUUGUUGGUUCCAGUAUGGGCGGGGCCAUUAUGCUGCUUUUAGCAUUAGAGAGACCAGAACGUAUCCACUCACUGCUUGGGGUAGCUACUGCAGUACAGUUUGACAGACCAAUGUCUGAGCAGAAGAGGGGCCAUGUCCAUGAGGCCCGAGGUUCAAUCCCCAGUGACUCAUCCUACACCGCUCCGCACAACUUUGUAGAUAAACACUACACACGAUGCCUCAAUCAAAACCCUAUGCCUGUCAAGCAGCCUAUUCGGUUGAUACACGGAAUGAAAGAUGAUGUCGUUCCCUUCCAAACGUCGGUUUCCCUCGCUGAGCGCCUGGAGAGCAAGAACGUGGAUGUUAUCCUACGCAAAGAGGGCGCUCAUCGCAUGUCGGAACCUGAAGAUAUUCGCCUCCUUGUGGAUUGCCUCGAGGAGCUGUUGAAAUUAUGAAGCCAUCCUGAUCCAGAUACAGCCCGCCAAGUGACUCUUUGGUAUCCCCUCUCCAAAUUGUCUUUGCUCACUCAUGCGUAAUUUAAGAUGAAAGAGGAGAUUCUAAGCUUUACAAUGGUAGGUCACUUGUCUAUUGUAUUUGUGAUUAAGUUAUGAUAAAUCAUCGAUAAAUCUCGGUUUCGUUUUUCUGGGAUGCACUGUAUAUGUAGAUUGAUUGAUUCUUUCUUGCCAUUUAAGUGCCUUGAAUAGUGAGCUUCCAAAUUCCUUUGUUUUUUAUAAGAUGACAAUACACACAUUCUAGUAGUUGCAGCAAACAAUUAUUUUAUGAGAGUCUUUUAAAUCAAGGUUGAUUUUUGCCAUAUAUAGAUCUUGGACAUUAAUGUAAACUUGCCUUCGUGAAAUCAUGAAAUCUUAGCUAAAAAAAAAGAUAAUUCUGAUGAUCACUAACACAGAAAAACAUAUGUGGGAGAGUGUAUCAAUAUUGAUUGAAAAAUAUGCGACAUUUAUGGAAUUCCGUGCUUAUUUUGCUCAUUUUCUUCUAGAGCUAUUUGACAUAUUUUUUUAUUCAUAUAUACAUGUACAAACACUUUGGUGGUAAUUUUAUUGGAUUCUGUUUGAAUUAAUUUUUUUGAUCGUGACCACAACUGGUAUUUAUCUUUAAUUACAAUGUUGUAAUUAAAGUUCAUUCAUUGCUCGUUUCUUUUAUAUUCACGUGUAAUACCUUUAUUUGAAUACGAUUCUUAAAAAUACCGGUACAAAUGAAAAUCCUGAAUCUGCAAUAUUGCUUUCUUGUAUCUGAAUUUCUGUUAUUCCUGAGUUGCCAACAAUUGACAUUCAAAACAAUUUUCUUUUAAGAUUUCUUUUCAACAACAUGCUGAAUAUUAUUUAUGAUGUGAGUUUUAUGUAUUUCAAUCAAUGUUUUUUUCUAAUAAGAAUCAAGUGAUAUUAUGGGGGUGUUUCAUAAAGCUGUUCGUACUUUAAAAGUGACUUAAAGAACUACUUGUGAUCCUUUCUUGUGGUAAAUGAUAUUCACCAUUAAUUGGUGAUUAUUUAGCAUCACCUGAGAACUGAGAAAGGUUCACCAGUCGUUCUUAAAAUUAAGCGCGACUUUAAGAACGACUGGUGAUGCUUUCUUGUGGUAAAUGGUUUACACCGAAAUGUUCAUUGGUGAUGGUUUAGCAUGUGAGAAAGGUUCACCAGUCGUUCUUAAAGUUGCUCUUAACUUACGAACAGCUUUAUGAAACUUCUCCCAGUGCAUACAUGUAGGGGAAGGCGGGGUAAGUUGAGCAUAGGGGCAAGUUGAGCCACCACCCCCAGGCCAAUAAUGAAUGAGUCAGACAUUGUGGUGGUGUCAUUUAUUGAUGACCCUUUACAUAACCAUUUACCCCACCACAUUGUUUUCGACUUUGAAACAAAAAGUACUUUUUUAGUGGGAAAAAUACAAAUUUUAGCCAAAAAAGUAAAAAGGGUGUAAAAUAGAUCAGUGUUUUUUACCCACACAUGUCUUUAAAUAUAAUAAAGAAAUAAGAACAAUAUUGUUAGUCCAGGUAUGGAUCUUCAUUCUUGUCAUAGUCUUUUACAUGAUGGAUGCAUAAGAAAUGUGUGGAUGUGAAAAUAUCGCAUUAAGUUAGGACUGGGGUACUUUGAGCCAGCCAACAUGGGGCAAGUUGAGCCAUGGUAAUUCGUAUGGUAAUGUAUAAUAGAAAAGAAACAAACCUUGAAUAGCCAUGAUAUGCAGGCAGAAAGGUGCAAAUUUACAUGACAGUUCUUUUACUUUUAGAGGAUGUUAGUAUUUAUAGAGAAUUAGCAAAACUUGUGAAAAGACUUGAAAUAAAAAAUUGACAUGCUGGUUCUUCCCACAUACAUUUUGUACAUAGUUUUUGUGGCUCAACUUACCCCACAAGGAACACAAAGGUUAGCGAUUGAUUGCUAAUUUCAAAGAACAAUUCUGAUUGGUUCAUAGUCAGUCUACUUAGCAAGAUGCGCAUGCAACAAGGAUUUUAAUUGCUCAUUUCAUUAAACGAUUAAUCGCUAAUCUUUGUGUUACGGCGCCUGGAUUGAUUCAAUCAAUGCUCUGUAUUGUACCUCUUCAAACUGUUCUGAAGUUUGGAAGAUUUUAAUGAUCCCAAAAGAAUUGGAUCUAUUGAGGCCACAGAAAUCUGUUCAACUAAUUAACUAGUAAGUACAACAUACUUUGUGCUUUUUGGUCCGAAAACUACUUUUACUUUAUUGUCUUAGAGAAGGUUGACUUUAUAAUCAGACUCAGGUGUGCAAUGUAUAGAUGGACAUGUAUGUUUGAAAAAAAUAUUUAUUCGCUAUUAAAUCUAACUAGUAAUGAUUACUGGUAAUUUAUAAUCUUUA